AAGGAAGAGAUUUUAUUCGCAGGCCUCCAGCUGCCCUUUCUUCCUUUUUCAUGAUUUGAUUUGCUUUUAUCAGGUUGAUCGGUCAAAGUUCACUGAGAUGGCAUGGGAGGGAAUUGUUGGGGCUGUUGAUGCAGCACGUCGUAGCAAGCAACAAGUUGUGGAAUCUGAGCAUUUAAAGAAAGCACUUCUAGAGCAAAAGGAUGGUUUGGCUCGUAGAAUAUUCACAAAGGCUGCUGUUGACAGUACUUCAGUCCUGCAGGCUACAGAUGAUUUUAUCCACCAACAACCUAGGGUUAUAGGUGACACUAGUGGGCCCAUGAUAGGUUCACAUUUUCAGUCUCUCUUAGACAAUGCAAGGAAACAUAAAAAUGAAUUUGGGGAUGACUUCUUGUCAGUGGAGCACCUGUUAUUAGCGUUUCUGAGAGAUAAAAGGGUUGGUAAACAGUUAUUCAAGAACCUACAACUUGGUGAGAAGGUACUGAAAGACGCUGUCAAAGCUGUUCGUGGAAAUCAGAGAGUAACUGACCAGAAUCCAGAAGGAAAAUACGAGGCAUUAGACAAAUACGGGAAUGACUUGACUGAACUUGCUAGGCAUGGUAAACUUGAUCCUGUUAUAGGUCGGGAUGAUGAAAUCCGGCGCUGUAUCCAGAUAUUAUUAAGGAGAACAAAAAAUAAUCCUGUUAUAAUUGGUGAGCCUGGUGUUGGGAAAACUGCAAUUGUUGAAGGAUUAACUCAAAGAAUUGUGCAAGGGGAUGUUCCUGAGACUCUAUUGAAUCGGAAGUUGAUCUCUCUGGAUAUGGGUUUGUUAAUUGCUGGUGCUAAGUUCCGUGGAGAUUUUGAGGAAAGGCUGAAAGCUGUCUUGAAGGAAGUAACUGCUUCAAAUGGGCAGAUUAUUUUGUUUAUUGAUGAGACCCACACUGUUGUAGGCGCAGGGGCUAUGGGUGGUUCACUAGAUGCUGGCAAUUUGUUGAAACUAAUGCUUGGACGAGGUGAGCUCCGUUGUAUUGGAGCAACUACACUAAAUGAAUAUAGGAAAUACAUCGUGAAGGAUCCUGCUCUUGAGCGUAGAUUCCAGCAGGUGUUCUGUGGUCAGCCAUCUGUUGAAGACACAAUCUCCAUUCUUCGUGGGUUGCGUGAACGCUAUGAGCUGCAUCAUGGUGUUAAAAUAUCCGACGGUGCUCUUGUUUCGGCUGCGGUUCUUGCAGAUCGAUACAUUACAGACCGUUUUUUGCCAGAUAAAGCGAUUGAUCUUGUUGAUGAAGCAGCAGCAAAGCUAAAAAUGGAGAUCACAUCUAAGCCCACUGAGUUGGAUGAGAUUGAUAGAGCUGUGCUAAAGUUAGAGAUGGAGAUACUGUCACUGAAGAAAGAGACUGAUAGAGCAUCUAAAGAACGGUUAAGCAAGUUGGAACAUGAUCUAGAAUCACUCAAACAGAAACAGAAAGAACUCACAGAACAGUGGGAACGUGAGAAGGCUCUCAUGACGCGAAUUCGAUCAAUUAAAGAAGAGAUUGAUAGAGUCAACCAAGAGAUGGAGGCUGCUGAACGUGAGUAUGAUUUGGAUUGUGCUGCUAAGCUCAAGUAUGGGACAUUGAUGCCUCUUCAACGGCAGCUGGAAGAGGCUGAGAAGGAACUCUCUGAUUUUCGAAAGUCUGGCAUGUCAUUGCUCCGAGAAGAGGUCACUGACCUCGACAUUGCUGAAAUUGUGAGCAAGUGGACUGGUAUACCAAUAUCAAACCUGCAACAGUCCGAGAGAGAGAAGUUAGUAAUGCUAGAGGAAGUUCUCCACCAGAGGGUUGUUGGACAGGAUAUUGCGGUCAAAGCAGUGGCUGAUGCAAUCCGCCGUUCAAGGGAAGGGCUGUCAGACCCAAACCGGCCGAUAGCAAGCUUCAUGUUCUUGGGGCCUACUGGUGUUGGUAAAACAGAACUUGCCAAAGCUCUCGCAGGUUUUUUAUUCAACACAGAGAAUGCACUUGUAAGGAUCGACAUGAGCGAGUACAUGGAAAAGCAAUCAGUUUCACACUUGAUAGGUGCCCCUGGCUAUAUUGGUUAUGAAGAAGGUGGGCAACUUACUAAAGUGGUUUGCCGAAGACCAUAUUCUGUAGUCUUGUUUGAUGAGAUUGAAAAGGCACAUCAUGAUGUGUUCAACAUUUUGUUACAGCUGUUGGAUGAUGGAAGGAUUACCGACUCACAAGGAAGGACUGUUAGUUUUAUGAAUUGUGUUAUUAUAAUGACCUCGAACAUUGGGUCCCACUACAUCCUUGAAACUCUUCGCAACACACAAGAUACCAAGGAUGCAGUGUAUGAUAUGAUGAAAAGACAAGUUCUGGAGUUGGCGAGACAAACUUUUCGUCCUGAGUUCAUGAAUCGUAUUGAUGAAUUUAUUGUUUUUCAGCCUCUGGACUCCAAGGAAAUUUGUAGGAUUGUGGAGCUACAGCUGACCCGUUUGAAAGACAGGCUUAAACAGAAGAAGAUUGAUCUUUAUUAUACAAAGGAAGCUAUUGAGCUAUUGGGGACCUUGGGCUUUGAUCCAAACUUUGGAGCAAGGCCUGUCAAGAGAGUUAUACAGCAACUGGUCGAAAAUGAAAUUGCUAUGGGCAUCUUGAGAGAAUUCAUGGAUGAUGACUCAGUCAUUGUUGAUGUUGAGAUAUCUCCUUCAGCCAUGGACCCUUCUCCCAAGAAGAGAUUGGUCAUCAAGAAACUAGACAGUGGUUCUUUUGUGAAUGCCAUGGAGGCCAAUGAAUGAUAGUUGAUACUACAUUUCUAAGCUGUAAAUUUUAGUAGUAGAUUUUGUGAAGCCCUCACACUAAUCUUUAUACUUUUUUUUUUUGUGUGUGUGUGUGUGGAGGGGAGUGGGGUGGGGAAGGAUGUUGGAGUUUUGUUUGGGUGACUGGUUCUGUAGAGGAAAGCCAGGGAAGCAUGGAAAUUAUUUGGCUUUGUUGUUUUGAAUAGAAUAAAUCUCUUUCAUUGGGUUUCAGGUCAUAGCUCGUAAACACGUUGUAGUAAGUGCUACUAUGGUGCUCUGCUGGAUUUUGAUUUCGGUUUUAGGGGUGAGUCCAUUUUGAAGUAUGUGUGGCAUGAUUAUACACACUAUUUGUUUUUGAGAAACAGAAACUCAUAGAAGUCAUAUAUUUAGAAAUAGCUGGGGAGUUAUUUUGGGAUUUUGAUUACCACCCCCCACACCCUAAAAAAAAAAAAAAAAAAACUUCUCUGCAACCCCGCCCAACUGUGCUAGGAGUUUCAAGAAGAAAGAAUUAAAAGCAGUCUAUAAACCAGGAAAUUUAUUGGAAAAUCUGAAAACCCCCUUCUCUCUCCCCACCUCUUUUUUGCAUCCCUGCCCCAACUUAUGGAGUUUGUCCCAACAUUGCUUCGCUCUGAUGCCUAUGAAGCUCUCUUCCUUUCUUUGCUUCUCUGUGAUGUAUAUGGAGCUAUUUUAGAGAUUGGAGAUUGGUUUUAGAUUUUUAGGUAGUCUUCUCUCUUUGCAUCUAUGUUUGGAUGACAUUUGAAUUUGGUUGCGUUAAGAAUGAUUAUUUAUGAUUUUGUAGGAAAAUUCUGUUCUUGUUUACUCAAAAUUCAAUACAUCAGUGGAUCCAUAUUGAGGCGUUCCUGGUCGCUUGUUCUUUCUUCUUGAAAGGAGGUUUUAAAGGAAGUGAGGAGUGAAUAAGCUUUUUUUAUUUGAUUAGUGUUUUGCUUUUUCUAUUCCUAAUUCCUCCUCACUCCCUUCCAAAGAAGGAAAAUGAUUAUUAGCUAUUGCUGAUAAAAACUCAGUCAUUGACAAUCAGGUAUUCAGUUCACUAACUAUUGUUUUUGUUUGAUUAGAUGUUUCUUUUAUUGUUGAUCACUUCAGUGGAUAAUUGGAGCUUCAUUUGGCUCUUGAAAUUCUUCCAUUCAAUUGGCAUUUGACUGACAAUCUCAGGUUCUUUUGUUUGGAAAUUCUAGUUUCAUUGAGGAUUGAGGAAUGCAAAUUUUGUUUUUUUUUUAAUUGCAACAGGAAACUUUUUUGAGUAGUGCUUCGGCUUCCUUUCAUGCUUUUGAUUGCCUUUUGUUGUUUAUGUAGCUCUGUUUUGUUGUUUUGGAUUUUGAAUUGAAGGGGAGGGUAUCUCAUUGAAUACUCUUGAUUUUUGGCAAGCUGGAGAAUUUGAUGGAAGAAAAGUAAGGCAUUUCUCAUCUAAUUCAGCUUCUUCAGAGGAAAAUGACUCUGAGAGGAUCGAGAAUUCCCGGCCUACGAUAACUUCUUUCCAUAUUACAAACUAGAUAUGGCAGCAUUAGAAAUGCUGGUUCUUUCAGGAAGACCCAAGGAUGGAUGAGAGCCCCGAGCACAACCUCUCAAACGGCCUCCACUUGCCCCGAAGCUUCCACCUGGGAGGAUUUUGGAUGUUAGACAGGAGCCAACAAACAGUGAAUCUGAAGAUAAAACUGCUGUUUGUUCCAAAAACGGUAUUGUUCUUCUUAGCCAUCAGCGGGUUUCAUAUUUGAGUAACAAUGUAGCUAAACUGGACAGCUCCGAAGGGAGUGCAUGUGAAGAAAGGACAGGACGCUAAGACAGAAGAGGAUGAGGAUGAGGAUGAGGAUAAGGAUGAGAAUGAGACCUUCACAGAUGCACUUGAGAGUUGAGACAUUGUUGUUGGUGUACGAUGUCUUGUAUUCCGUCACAAUUUAAUCCAAGGAGUAAUGGUGCAGCGUCUCGACAGGUAGGACUACAAGGAUAGUUUUAUACUUUCCGGAUUAGGGUUUUUCGCUAUAUAUUCAUAGCGAGGGUUUCUUUUUCUAUAAUGCAAGCAAUACUAGGAGGUGUGAGGGACGAGCGUUGUAACACUAUUCUCCAUUGAUAAUGAAGCAAUAUCUCAUCUUACCGAGGACA